GUGUCUCUGCGUCUCACACCCCAGGUGCUCACCCUCUGGCUACACUCCAACAAUUUGAGCCGCGUCGACUCCGAGGCCUUCGGGGGUCUCUCGCGCCUCGAGGAGCUCGACCUGGGGGCGAACCCGGCCCUCAGGAGUCUCCCCGUGGGGGCCCUGGGCGGCCUCCGCUCGCUCACGGCCCUGCACCUCUACCGCUGUGGCCUGGCACAGCUCCCCACGGGCCUCUUCGACGACCUGGAGGCGCUGAGAUUCCUGUACCUGCAGGAGAACCACCUCGUCCACCUCCAGGACGGCAUCUUCUCCCGGCUCGCCAACCUCACCCACCUCUUCCUGCACGGCAACCGCCUCCGCUCGCUCGCCCCGUCGGCUCUGGCCGGCCUGCGGAGCCUCGACCGCCUCCUGCUCCACCGCAACCGGCUGCCGUCGCUGCCUGCCGGCGUCUUCGGCGGCCUCGGCUCCCUCACCACCCUCUACCUGUUCCAGAACGAGCUGACGGCCCUGGGCCCCGGCACCCUCGCCCGCCUCCCGGCCCUCCUCUACCUGCGCCUCAACCUCAACCCGUGGGCCUGCGACUGCCGGGCCGCCGGCCUCGCCGCCUGGCUCCGGGCCUACCGAGGGGCCAGCUCGGAGGUGGCCUGCGCCGGGCCCCCCGAGGCCGCCGGCCGCGACCUCCGGACGCUGCCCCCGGCGCUGUUCGAGGGAUGCGGCCGAGGCGGGGAGGGCGGCGAGGGACACGGCGGAGGCGGCGGAGGCGGCGGUGGAGGAGGACUGGGCCUAGGUCCGGGCCUGAGGCCUGGGCAGGGCCCGGGAUUUGACGGGGAGAGGAUCUGGGGAGGUGGAGACAACCGCGUCGGCGUCGUCGACGGCGUCGCUCCCCACGUGGCCCCCCACGUGGCCCCCCACGUGGCCCCCCACGUGGCCCCCCACGUGGCCCCCCACGUGGCCCCCCACACCACCUCGAGCCUCUUCCACGCGGCCAGGGCCCGGCUGAAGUCGCAGCUCCACGCCCUCGCCACGCUGCAGUCGCCAGCGGCCAGGCGGCGUGCCAAGGGCGGCGGCGGCUCAGGCUCAGGCCCAGGCUCAGGCCCAGGCUCAGGCCCAGGCUCAGGCCCAGGCUCAGGCCCAGGCUCAGGCCCAGGCUCAGGCCCAGGCUCGUCUGGUGAUUGA